AUGGGAACAGCCACCUCACCCACCGGGUCGGACGACGAGUCCGGCGCCGCGUCUUCCAAAGACUGGCUAGCAAAUGAAGAGGGUGGCUCGCCUGAAGGAAGCAUCCACUCGGCUGAUGAUGAUCAGGUCGACAUCAAAGCUGAGGACUCCGCCACCGACGGCACUCUUCUCGCCGGUAGUGGCGACGCAACAAUACUCACGCCAGUGCACAAGCGCAGGCGUGUAACACGAGCAUGCGAUGAGUGCCGCCGAAAGAAGAUCAAGUGCGAUGGCAAACAGCCGUGCACACAUUGCUCCGUCUAUAGCUAUGAAUGCACGUACGACAAGCCAUCAAACCGGCGAAGAAAUCCAGCACCGCAGUACAUUGAGGCACUUGAGAGCAGACUGCAGCGGGCGGAGACGCUUCUUCGCAAAUUCAUGCCUGAUGUUGACUUGGCGGACCCGAAUCUCGACCCAAUGGUGCAACAAGAGUUUCAAACCCGAGAGCGCGCGCGUAUGCAAGCCGCAAAACAGCGGCAAGAAGAACAACAGCAACAGCAACAAGCCACCCAAGCCGUGCAACAGGAGAAGGGACAGCACCAGCAUCAGCAUCAACAUCAGCAACAACACCAGCAGCGACAACCGAACACAGGAGGAGGUGACGCAGACGCUGACGACGAAGAACUCAUGUCCAUGGUCGCAAACAUUAGCCAACUCGAAUUGACCGAAGGCGGGGAGUGGGACUUCCAUGGUAUCUCCUCCGGCGCCGUCUUUCUGCGGAGAAUGAAGGAGAACUUUCACAACCUCCUUGGACGCGACUCGCUCGUUCCAUACUUAGCACGUCCACCGCGGUACCCCGGUGUUUUCAGCCUCGACUCGCCACGAUCUGCCGGUAGCUCGCCCUAUGACUCCUCCGCUGUUCCUCUGUUCUACAACUUGCCUCCGAAGGAGCACGCACGAACCCUCUGCUACUUCUCACUAAAUUGCGCCACGUGCCUGUUGCGUAUCGUCCAUGGACCGUCCUUCUUUGAGGUUUUUGAUCGCCUAUACGAAAAAGCCCCCGAAAAUUUGGGGCCGGAAGACCACCGGUCAUUGGGUCUUUUUUACUCCAUCCUUGCUCUGGGUUGCAUGUACAACAUCUCCGAAGACAACGAUUCAUCCAGCCCAGUGCACUAUAAGUCGGCCAUGGAGGAAGGGCUCAAAUAUUACACGACUGCUCGUAUUCUACUCCAGGACAUUACGGAUUGUCGCGAUUUAACGUCCCUUCAAGCCCUACUUUUUAUGAUCCUCUUCCUUCAAGCUACUUCGAAUUUGAGUGGAUGCUACUCUUUUGUCGGCAUAGCUCUACGCAUCGCACUCCGCAUGGGUUUGCACCGCAACCUACCCCAUGCGAAGCUCACUCCGAUCGAACACGAGUCGCGCCGCCGCGUAUUCUACGUCAUCCGCCAAAUGGACACAUAUGUGUCAGCCUUGCUAGGCUUUCCGAUGGCCCUUAGAGACGAUGAUAUCGACCAGCCGCUACCAUCGGAGAUCGACGACGAGUAUAUCACCAAGGACGGCAUUCUACAGCCUCCACCUGGAACGCCUUCUUUCUUCCAGGCAAGCAAUGCCUAUACAAAACUGAUGGAGAUUCUCGCCAAGGUCAUUAAGUGCGUUUACCCGGUCAAGCGCGGCGACUGUGGCGCCGCAAACAACAGUGAGACCCCGACUUCGUCGUAUAUGAUUAGCUAUUCCAAAAUAAAAGACAUCGAGCGUGAGUUGCAUGCGUGGUACGAGCACCUACCAACGUAUUGGCGACCGAACCCAGAUGGGCCCAUCGAGGUCAUCCGGGUUCGUACACUCCUGCGGUUUGCCUAUGCACAUGUCCAGAUGAUGAUGUACCGGCCCUUUCUACAUUAUCUGUCUGCGCGCGUGCAGGCGACUCACAAGCUGGACGACCGGUACUUUGCUUGUGCCGCCGCAGCUGUCAGCAUCUCCCGGAAUAUUGUGCAUAUCGGCCUCGAGAUCCGCAAACAGGCCGUGCUGAUCGGCCCUUACUGGUUCAUCCUAUACACCGAGUUCUUCGCCAUCUUGUCGUUGGUGUACUAUGCGCUAGAAAACCCGGAUAAGCCGGGCUCAACCGAGAUCAUGGCAGAUGCCGUUUCUGGCAAGGCUGUGAUUGCCACUCUGUCGAAGAGAAGUAUGGCUGCGGACCGCGUGACUGCAGCUUUGGACAAACUCUUUGAACAGCUUCCCGAUCGCCUGAAGAAAGGCAAGACAGGGCCAACGCCUCCAACGAGAAAGCGCUCUGCGCCUGGUCCCAAGGAUGUCCAGGCCGCCAAGACCGGCGUACCGUCGCCAUCCACUGUUCCAAAAGCCCGACGAUCCAACGAGAUCAACCGUACUGUCGUGCAAGACCAGCAUCGGCAGACACCACGACACCGCAUGUCCUUUGAAGCCAUUCAACAGCAGCAGCAACUUAUCAUUCAGCAGCAGCAGCAGCAGCAGCAACAACAACAACACCAGCACCAGCACCAGCACCAGCACUCGCAGCAGCAGCACCAGCAGCAUGCACACAGCAUCCCUACAGCGCCGUUUGCUGCCAACUUCCAGGAGCUGCUUCCUCUCGAUAUUCCUUCAUCGACUGACAGUCCGGAAUCAGGCAGUACACCAUCAACGAGCCACCGAUCGGCGGGAGGCUAUGCUGCGCACCAUACGCCCACUGCAAGCAUGGGCAGUGGCAUCGGACUCAGUAAUGCCGGUGUCACAGCUGGCGGCUCCAGCGUACCAGUGUCUGAUGGAUCCACAUUGACGACGAACCCUCUGUACAAGCUGGACGCUAUGUUGUUCCCGUCCAGCGACCCAUUCGCCUAUCCUAGCCAGCCGAUUAUGGACUUUGGGUUGCAAAACCUCCUGGAUAGUGUGACUGGAGACAACGGCGGUGGUGGAGGCAUCAGUAGCGCCAGUGGGGGCGGCGGCGGUGAUGGACGCGGUGUUCCCUCCAGCUCUAGCGGCGCCGGACAAGACCAGCAGCCGCCUUCCGAUGCAAUGCAGUUUUAUGCUCCGAACAUUUACAAUGAAAUCGAAGGCCAGCUCUUGGAGCCCGUACCUGCAUACCUCAUGCAACCAUCCGGUGCACCGGCAGGCAUCGACCUCGCUUCCGAGAUGUACGGUGCUAAUAGCCUGCUCACACUGCAGCAAGCGCAGGCACACAAUGCCCAACAGCAGCAGCAGGCCGCCCAUGCACAUCAUCACCAACAGCAGCAACAUCAGCAGCACCAUCAAAUCCCACAACAACAGCAGCAACAACAGCACGUUGAUGCCAUGUUCGCUGACAACUUUAAUGACAUGUUUUCCGGCCAAUACCAACAGCGCUUGUGA